CAUGCAGUGCAGCCAUGAGCCAACCAUAUUGAAUUACAUGUAUUAGACUACUAGAUUGCGAUAAGAACCCCGCGAUAAGCUUAUCUAAAAAAAAUUUGGUUUGUCGCAGUUGUCGAUACAGCACCCGUAAAAUCAAUCACUUACCAAGUUCAUUGCGCAAUUGUUCGACUACGCUGUCACAAUUUCGUGACAAAUCUUACAAUGGCGGGCGCAAAGAAAAAUUUCAAGGCAACUAAGAAGUUCGAGCAGAAGCACCUAAAAGGUGUUCUAGAUCAACGGAAAUCGACUGCAAAAAUAAAGCAGAGGCAUCAGGUCCAAGCCAAGAAGCAAUCCAAAAAAGCAAAAGAUGCCGAGUUCUAUAAGGGCGCCGAGGAUGGCGAGAAAUCCAAUAAGCCCAAUGGCUCCAAGAGAACAUCCAACGUCAAUGAAAUGAGCGUUGAUGAUUUCUUCGGCGGUGGAUUUGAGAUAAUCGACAAAGCUCAACCGGCCAAGAAGACGUCUAAGAAGCUAGGAAAACGCAAGCGAGACGAGCCUAUCGAGGACGAUGCUACGUCGGAUGAAGGUAGCGACAUCGAUAUAUCCGCCGACGAAAUGCCUGUCGCCAGCGAAAGUGAAGAUUCAGGCGACGAAGAUGCCGAUGAUAUCGGCAUGAGUAAAGAGGCGAUGGACGCCCUUGCUCAGGAAGACCCCGAUUUCUACAAAUUCUUAAAAGAGAACGAUCCCGAAGCAUUAGAAUUCGAUGAUGCAGACCUAGCCGAAGUAGACGAGUUGAGCGGUAGCGAGGAAGAAGACCAACCCAAGAAGAAACGAAAGAAGGAAAAGAAACAAGGAAAGACGGAUGGCGCAGACGAAGAAGAUAAAGCCGACAACGAGCUAACACAGGCAAUGGUUUCACGGUGGAAGACAGCACUGUCAGAUAAACAAUCACUCAGAGCUGCGAGGCAAGUAGUUUUGGCAUUUAGAUCCGCAGCACACCUGAACGAGGACGACGAAGAGCAGGGAAGGAAACAGAUGUACAAGAUAUCAAACCCCGAGGUUUUCCACGACAUCCUCAUUGUUGCGCUCAAGCAAAUCCCUGAAGUCAUUCAGCACCAUAUUCCUAUCAAGGAGUCUUCAUCCGGAAAGGUUCAUAUCCCUUCGGAUACCAAGAAGUUUAAAACUCUUUCAAUGCUCCUGAAAUCCUUCAUAUCCUCCAUCUUAUACCUGGUCGGUACGCUGUCGGAUGACGCUACCCUCAAGCUGACAUUAUCCGCUAUCACGCCCCUUGUCCCUUACCUCUUGAGUUUCCGAAAGCUACUGAAAAAUCUGAUCAAAGCUGUUGUCGGAUUUUGGUCGCAGUCUACGAGUAGCGACUCAACUCGAAUUACUGCCUUCUUAGUUUUGCGACGACUGGUCGUCGUGGGCGACAAAGGUAUCAGAGAAGCUGUCUUGAAAGCAACCUACCAAGGCUUAGUCGCAGGAUCUCGUGUGACAAACGUCAACACGAUACAAGGAAUCAACUUAAUGAAAAACUCUGCCGCUGAGCUCUGGGCCCUAGAUCAAAAUAUUGGCUAUACAACGGCUUUCACUUUCAUCCGCCAACUUGCUAUCCACCUACGCAACAGCAUCGUGCACAACCAAAACGACUCGUAUAGAACCAUCUACAAUUGGCAAUAUGUACACUCAGUAGACUUCUGGUCCUGUGUACUAUCGGAGCAUUGCAGUCCGCUGAAGGAGGCGGAAACUGGGAAGCAAUCCCAGCUCAGGCCCCUCAUCUACCCGCUUGUCCAAGUUACACUUGGUGCCAUGCGCUUAAUACCUACCGCAACUUAUUUUCCCCUUCGAUUUCAUAUGGUCAGGUCGCUUCUUCGUGUUUCACGGUCAACUGGAACUUAUAUCCCGCUAGCAUCGGCUCUAUUAGAAGUCUUAAACUCCGCAGAGAUAAGAAAGUCACCAAAGCAGUCAACUAUCAAGCCUCUCGAUUUCCACGUGGCCUACAAGGCCCCCAAGGCAUAUCUGCGGACGCGAGUUUAUCAAGAUGGAGUCGGGGAACAGGUGGUGGAGCUAUUCUCGGAGUACUUUGUUCUAUGGUCUACGAAUAUAGCGUUCCCCGAGUUUGCCCUACCUGUCAUCAUCAUGCUUAAGCGAUGGCUCAAGCAGUCAAGAAAGAAGACAGGUGGAAACAACAAUAGCAAGGUUCGCGCUGGUCUCGUUUUACUAGUUCAAAAGCUUGAGGCAAAUGUGAAGUUCAUCGAAGGUAAAAGGGCCAAGGUCGACUUCGCGCCUAGAGAUCGGUCACAGGUCGAUGCGUUCCUGAAGGACUUUGAGUGGGAAAAGACCCCGGUUGGCGCCUAUGUCGUUGCUCAGAGGAAAGCGGGGGCGGAGAAGGCUAAGAUGCUAGAGCAGGCUAGGAAAGAGGACGAGCGGAAGCGAAAGGAAGAAGAGCAAGAGGCGCUGGAAGAGAAUGCUGCUCGAUUGGAGAAGGAAGAUGAAGAAAUGGAGGAUUUCGACGACGAGGAUGAGGAGUCUUCUGACGAAGACGACGAGUAGUGGGACAGAUCUUGUAGGAUUGGACAGAAUUGUUAAUGACUCGGAAAUCGCCUGCAAAUAUAGAAACUCGAUUCUGCUUGAGAUGUGCUAAUUCAAUAU